CUCUGAGCAGCUCCAUCAGCAGCAGACUGCUACACCCACGGUGUAAGAAGGAGGUUCAGCAGGUCCUUCAUCCAACACAACACCUGCACCACCUGCUCAUGGUGUAGUCUCUGUCUUUCAACACCACCACUGCUCACCAUGGCUUUUAUAAUACACUUAUUUAUUUUUUAUCUGUAUUUAUUUCUCCAUCCGACCAUGUGCAGUAUUACUUCUAUCUUCCCAGCUUUAGUGUUAGUUAGCUAGUUUAGUUUCUUAUUUGCUGAAGCACUUUGUUUCUGUUGUUCUUUGGUCUGUUGUUCUUUGGUCUGUUGUUCUUUGUUUCUGUUGUUGUUUGGUCUGUUGUUCUUUGUUUCUGUUGUUCUUUGGUCUGUUGUUCUUUGGUCUGUUGUUCUUUGUUUCUGAACUUCUGUCGUGCAUCCCACCUCGCUGCUGACAGACAGACGAACCUCCUCAGUGUGUCGCUGCACUCUUUCAUCACAUUCUGGAGAAAUAACACCCAGAGCCUCCUGCAGCUGCAGCGCUCCCUGUGCUGGCAGAGCGCAACUGCAACAACAUCCAUCACCUCCUCCUCCAUCUCUCCAUCUCUCUCUCUCCGUCCCUCCCCCUUCUCCUCCUCAGUGAUACCCGAGCGGACCGACCGACCAACCUGCGCCCGCGCUGCCUGUAGCCAGGCUUCCCCAGCUGUUCCGCCGCGCCUCAGUGAGUCUGCGCAAUGGGCUCCCGUCAAGUGGAGGAGACCAAUCGCGCUCCAGCUCAGAGAGACAGAGAGAGACAGCACAGGAGGAGGAGGAGCAGGAGGAGCAGUGAGAGCGGAGGGGAUGAAGCAGGAGCACACGGGCUGACUCCUCCGGUAAACAAGCGAGCAACACGAGCCUGGAAAUCACCGGCGGACAGCGGAGGGGGGGAUUUCGGGGACACGGCCAUGGCGACGGGAGGAGGUGGAGGAGGAGGAGGUGGAGGAGCGAGGCGGAGGAGGAAAACGGGGCUCCCGGGAUUGUGCUGGAAAACCUGCUACUUUCCCAUUUUGUUCUGGGUCGUCUCGGUGUGCGGGGAGGAGAAGACGCUGAUCGUGGAGACGUGGCUGAAGAACUACGGUUACCUGCUGCCUCACGACGUCCGCACGUCAGACCUGCGACAGGAGAAAGCCAUGCAGUCCGCCGUGGCCGCCAUGCAGCGUUUCUACGGCAUUCCUGUGACAGGAAUACUCGACGAGACGACUAUAGAGUGGAUGAGGAGACCUCGCUGUGGCGUCCCAGAUCAUCCUCACACCAGCCGCCGGCAGAGGAAUAAACGCUACGCCCUGACGGGACAGAAGUGGAGGGAUAAGAAGAUCUCCUACAGCAUAUCUAACUUCACCCCUAAAGUUGGUGAGAAGGAUACCCAGAGGGCGAUUCGACAAGCCUUUAAUGUCUGGCAGACCGUCACGCCGCUCUCCUUCCAGGAGGUGCCAUACUCGGAGAUCAAGAAUGAGGGUAAGGAGGCCGACAUCAUGAUCUUCUUCGCCUCCGGUUUCCACGGCGACAGCUCUCCGUUUGACGGGGAGGGGGGUUUCCUGGCUCACGCCUACUUCCCCGGCGCCGGCAUCGGAGGAGAUACGCACUUCGACUCCGACGAACCCUGGACGCUCGGCAACGCCAACCACGAUGGUAACGAUCUGUUCCUGGUGGCGGUCCACGAGUUGGGUCAUGCGUUGGGUUUGGAGCACUCCAACGAUCCCAGCGCCAUCAUGGCUCCUUUCUAUCAGUACAUGGACACGCACAACUUCAAGCUGCCUCUGGACGACCUGCAGGGCAUCCAGAAGAUCUACGGUAUCCCUACGGCCAUGUUGGAGCCCACCAGGCCGCUGCCCACCUUACCUUCCAGGCGGACGCACCCCACCUCCGAACGCAAGCAUUCCCGUCCGGCGCGUCCACCCGGCGACCGGCCGGCGCUGCCCGGGAACGGCAAACCCAACAUCUGCGACGGCAACUUCAACACCGUUGCCUUCUUUAGACGGGAGAUGUUUGUCUUCAAGGACCGCUGGUUUUGGCGUCUGAGGAACAACAAGGUUCAGGAGGGUUACCCCAUGCAGAUCGACCAGUUCUGGAAAGGCCUGCCGCCUCGCAUCGACGCUGCCUACGAGAGAUCUGACGGCAAAUUCGUCUUCUUCAAAGGCGAUAAGUACUGGGUGUUUAAGGAAGUCGCGGCCGAGCCGGGUUACCCUCACAGCCUGGUGGAGCUGGGCAGCUGCCUCCCCAAAGACGGCAUCGACACGGCGCUGCGCUGGGAACCGGUCGGGAAAACCUACUUCUUCAAAGGGGACCAGUACUGGCGCUACAACGAGGAGAAGCACACGGCCGACCCGGGAUACCCGAAACCCAUCACGGUGUGGAAGGGAAUACCGGACGGACCGCAGGGAGCCUUCAUCAGCAGGGAGGGAUACUACACCUACUUCUACAAGGGGAAGGAGUACUGGAAGUUCGACAACCAGAAGCUGACGGUGGAACCCGGAUACCCAAAGUCCAUCUUGCGCGACUGGAUGGGCUGCGACCAGUCCGACAUGGAGCGCUCGGGCAACAAGGGUAACCGCGGUGACCGCCAGCUGCCCCUGGACGACGUGGACAUCAUGGUGACCAUCAACGACGUCCCGACGACAGUCAACGCCAUCGCCGUGGUGAUCCCUUGCAUCCUGUCGCUGUGCAUCCUGGUGCUGGUGUACACGAUCUUUCAGUUUAAAAACAAAGGAGUGCAGCAGAACACCAUGACGCAGCACUACUACAAAUACCCGGUCCAGGAGUGGGUAUGACAGGCAACUUCCCUUCUGAAGAGGUCAAAGUUCACGGAUCGAAGGGGGGUCAAGCAGUGGUCAUCUUGUUAGCUAGCUUCUCUUGGCUAACAGCCAGGAAUGCUGCAAAGAACGAUGCUGAAAGACACGAACGGUGCCGGCUGGUGACAAAAUACUGAAAAUGCAGGAGUAGAUUUAGAUCUUGGCUCAGAGUGUGUUUGUUCGAGAGGUCGAUUCGUGCCUCAGAUACUGAUUUCGUUCCUCACCGGGCGAGGACGCUCGAAACAAACAUGGCUGAGGACACGGAGAACAAGUCCGCAACGUCUCCAGGACGAUGUGACGAUGUGACGAGGCUAAAGACCGCAGCUUUGAUUUGUCCACAACUUCUCGGAGGUCUUAGGAGCGACGCUGAACUUUGACUUUUUCUUCUAGGACCUACAACACAAAUCUCUUCUCAGUGAAAUGAAAAAAAGAAAAAGAGGAUUUGAAAGGAUAAAGCUCCUUAAAGCCAGACACCACCUCCAAGUUUCAACUUGUACACGUGAGCUACUUCAAAUAUUCAGUCAGAUGAAAUCUAAUGAAGAAAAAACAGAAAAGAAAAUAUCACACUUGAAGAUAAAAUUUAGGUAGAAAGGCCAUAACAAAAAAAAAAGAUCUCUGUGGAUCGCUGAAUAUUGUUUCAUUUAUUUUUAGCUGUUAUGGAGAUGUAAAACUAUCAGAGGACCUUUUACCUUUUUCUCUCUUUUUUUCACCAAACACAACAAAAACAUCUUCAUCAUCAUUAAAUCAGACUCCCUUCAGCUUGUCGAACAAAAACAGAGAAAUGCUUCACAGUUUGGAAUCUUUGGUACGUGUAGAACAGUUAGUCGUCGGCGUAUUAUGACAAUUCAACUCAUACUUAACAAGUAAAACAAAACCAGUACCUGCAUUUAUCAAACAGCUAAAAGUGAAACUUUGGAAUUAAGUGAUGAAUAAAAGUAAAAUAAUCCUUCAACUUUACUUCUACUCACAAACGUCAGGAUAAAAGCAGUCCAUCAGAUUUCUUGCAGAUUGCAAAUAUUCUUAAAUUUACGAGUGCAUGCUGGAUUACUGCCGUUUAUUCUACAAAAUAUCACCAGUUAUCAUGAAUGUGUUCAGAAAUGUCUUUUUAACACAAUGUUUUGAUUUUUAUUUGAACAUUUGAUUCAAAGCUAGCACCACUUUUAAAAAAAAACAAAAAAACUCGAAGAUCACAUUUUUUUGCUCAUAGUUUUUUCAAACAGAAACAGGCUCAUCGUGCUCUGAACAUGCAUGUUAUUCUUUGUUAUAAGUAGGAGUAAAUCGAUUCUCGCACAUAAUCCUAGAUCAGGUUUUAAAGCUUUCUUAAGUGAAAUUUUUAGAAGUUUGAUAAAUACGAGCCGAACGAGUUCAUUUGCGUCCUCGAGUCUUGUCCCCAUCCUGGUAUUUUUCUCUUUCCAAGCACUAGCGAGGCUCCGCGGGAUGUGAGAAAUUAGGAAUUAGAGAAAUGCAAAAAUGGAGGAAAUGGAAAGAGAAAGUAAAGCAAGGCUUGAACAGACGAGGGGGGGGGUAUGCACAGAGGAUAUAUGUGAGUCUGUAUUAGUAUGCGGGCUGUGGCACAGCGACAUCGACUGAGCUUAAUGAAGUACUUCUGUUCACAAAGCUCUAAUAGGGGCUACUCGCCCUCCACAUCCCUCGCUUUAAUCCUACUGUCCUCGCUCUGUCUUUACUCGCUGUCCUCUUGUAAUUCUUCCCGUCCAUCUGGCCUCUCAUCACUCUCUUUCCUCUCUUUCACCUUCUUCAUCCGUCCAUCUGUGCUGCUCUCCCUCGCUACUUGCAGUCUUUCUUUACGUCUUCCAUCAAUACACAUCUGCAUCGAGAAUUAACACCCCGGGUUGCUUUUAUUAUGUUUUAAUUUAUUUAUGAUUUAAGGAGCUUAAGCAUAAGGAGCUUUCAGUUUGGCUCCAGUUUUGUCAGAAGUGCCAAAAUUUCUUGACGUCUUUGGCUCUAAGUUGUUGACUUUUGCUUUCAGAAAGAUUAAAAGACCAUAUUUAAAGGAGCAGUUUGUAGGAUUUAAUGGCAUCGAUUGAUUGCGACCCCUCACCCAUGUAGACGUCCAAAAACAAACAGCUGCAGCUGUCUGAUCGACCUGUGAAGACAGCGUUAACAGUACUAAAGCCUACUGAAGAUGAACACGCUUUUCUCAGACAGAUGUCAGUCUUUAGUCUUUAUCUUGUCCAAAAACAAUUAAUUUAGUUUUUAUUUUACUUUAAUUAAAGAUAACUGUUGCACGUAAAAAACGAUUUUUUAAAUGCGCCUGCUCGGUGCUUGUAUGGGACCAUAGUCACCUGGUGAUAUCGUGAUAUAAAUCAGAGUGUCGUCUGCAUAAUUGUAGAUUUCAAACGAAGAAGAAGAGGUCCGAGAACAGAGCCUUGGGGAACUCCUCGACCGAUUGACCCAAAGUUGUCCCCUUUAAACCAGUUUGACACUGUGCCAGAAAGUCCCAGUUUGCCCAGUAAUAUAUCCGGACUGGAAACUAACUUUUUGUGUACAUCAGAACAUAAAAUGGGCUGUGACCUGUUCCAUUUUUGAUGAGUUGCGUCACUUCCAGGCUUUACAGGAGCGCUCUGUGAGACUUGAAAUGUUCAGUUAUUUGCAUCAGUUUAAAGAUUUUAAGUACAACCUGCAAAAGGAACUGUUUUUAUAUGAAAUACUUUAGAUAAGAACAUUUAAUUUUGACUGUAAUCACCUGGAUGUCAGGUAUGGUUGUUUUUGCAAUCUCAGAUUUAAUAUUUCAUAGAACAGAUGAAACAUUUUGUAGUUUUUCCUCUCGUAGAUGAGCUGUGUGCAGUUUACAGUUGGUAUGUUUCACAGUUUCUGAGUAUUUUCUGGGCAGUUGCCAACUUGCUCCUCGUUUAAAACGAGCUCUGCUGCAGUUUGAGCUAAGUAUGUGUUAUAUAAAUACACAAGCUGCUCAUUUAAAUGUCAUUAACUCCAAUGUGACUCAUAAUGGUUUACUCCGAGCCGCAGUCAGCUCCCCAGAGGGGGUUUUGUAGUCCCCCAUCCAUGACCUCCCACCCCGGGCGAGUUGGGAGAUCCUCACUGAAUCACUGUUUGUUCAGACUCUGUGCAGUGCCGCUUAAAACUCACUGUACAUUUUAAAUAAUGCAUCAUCAUGCAGAAACAACCUUGCUGUUUUAUCUUGUUCCUGAAAAGAGUUUUUAACUACACUAUCCACAUAUAGGUGCAUUAAUAAUGCAGCAGGAUGCCGCAUGUCUUUCAUUUCCAAGACUUGCUUUCCAUACGUUUAAAAGGCUGCACCGCCUCUGUACAUCUCUCUUUGUCUCCCUCUCCCCCCUCGUUCUUGUUCUCAUUCGUUCAGCUUUGUACCUUAUUCACCGAGCGCUCUGUCCUGCAGUAAUUGAAUGUGUUCUUGACGCACAUCCUCGCAAUUACUUGCUGCCGUCGAGAGCAAUUCAGCACACGCAGCGUUCAGCACAAAUCGAUGUUGUUCGAUAUCCUUCAGCGCUAUUUUGAAUUGGUGGAAGAAGAAAAAAAAGAAACCUAUACUUGUUCCUUGAUGGUGUACAAUAAACACAGAACAAGAUAUCCUGCUAUCCUUUUACCUUCAAGCCUAUAAACAUCAUACAGACUGUGUCAGCUGGGAACAUGAAUGUCUGUCUAAAGAAAAUUGCCUUUUGGACCAAACUUGUCUUUCUCUUUCUGUUUUUUCAGCUUUAUUGUGAUUGUUUGGACAGAUCUGCUUGAUUCAACUAAAAAAGAAAGAAAAGGUGCAUUUGAUGAAAGUCCAAGUAAGCUGAAAAGUUACAUCCCAAAAGAAAAAUAUCAACAUUCGGAUGAAUUUAAGGCUCACGUUCAGGACUGUGACGAACAGUUCAGAUGGCGUACACAUUCAGUAGUUUUAUUUAUAUAGAUCCAAAUUAUAGCUGAAGUUAUCACAUGACACUUUCUAUAUAAAGUAGAUCGUACUCUUUAUAAUAUUAUGUACAGAGACUCAACAAUUCCCACUAUGAGCACGAGCACUUAGCUUAGAAAAAACUUCCUUUAAGAGGCAGAACCCGGAUCAUUGGUGGACGGACAUCUGCCGAGACCACGAAUGUUUCCUAACCUGACUGCGGCAGAUUUUUUGUUACACAGAACCAUCUGUGAAGCAGUUGUUGGAAACUACUUGGAAAAGAGAGAAAAUACUUGGUUGAUGGUUCAUUCAGCUGCCGUCAUGGGCGAACUUCAAUAAGUUCGAUCAACAAUAGCGUAGUCAAACUCGUACUGAAGGUGUUUUUAAUGUCAUUCUUUGUGCGUUGUUCAAUCGAUAAACAUCUUCCAGCAACUUUGUUUUCGAGCAAAGUUACAGCUCGUGUUACAGUUUGUUUGGCACAUGUAGAACAGUGAGUCAUCGGCGUAUAAUGACAGCAGCCUUACUUACGUCGCAGUGUGUUUGCUCAUAUUUAACAAGCGACACACGAGCAGUACUUGUAUUUAUCAAACUGCAACUGUGCCUGUUGCCCGUACAUCGUUAUUGAUUAAUCUUCCGAUUAGUUUCUCGAUUAAUCAGUUAUUUUAUGGAUGAAAUGUCAUCGAUGAAGCAACAGUUGAUGAGCUUAAAGUAACAUCUUAAAACUGCAAACUGAAGAAAUGUCAGGAGGAGAUUAUGUAAAUCAUCCUGUAUGUUUACAGCAACUCGCGCAUUUUUGGACUGUUUAUCCAAAAAUCACUGUGUCAUGUUUUGUUGAUUCGUCUUCCUUAAUUUUCACUGUACAGAUCGAGCUAUAAAACUUAUAUUUUAUCAGUUAAUUACUUUAAUUGAUGAGAAACACUUCAGGUUUUCUGCUUUUGUGCACUUCUUAGACAUGACGGGCAAAAAGGGGUGUUAGAUACGUGAUCUUUGUGUUUUCAGCUGCGCGGCAUCUCUACUGGACCACUUUGUAAAAUAGUAGAGCUCCGAGCUGAAGCAGGUUGGUCAUCAGUUAAACGUUUUGUUGUUUUACGAUGGGAAAGGAGAGAGCGUUGGCUUCUUCUCGGUGUGUUAUCCCUGAGGGGAGACACUUUUCAUCGAGCUAACGAGGGGUUUCCAUUCCACUUCAGCACACCCACACAUUAUUAUAAUAAUAAUAAUAAUAAUAAUAAUAAUAACAUCUUUGAAUUCAUUUCACUCACUCAUCAUCACUCACCAUCAUCAUUGUUGCUCUUGGUGCUCAUUCAUAAUGUAAAUGGCAGAGGCAUGCAGGUUUUACAGGAGCAGAUUUAACCACCGUUCAACUCCUUGUUUAUUGCAAGACACCGAGUCGCUGCGCUGAUGUAGUUGGGGGUUUAAGUGCCUUGCUUCACGGCACUUCGGCAGUAGAUAUUUAAGCUUCUUUUAAAGGGGGGUUAAAGACGGUGACUUCCUUGGUUGCUUCAUUUCUAAUUUAACCGUUGAGGCUCCUGAGACGAUGAGGUGGGCUUGUCCGGUGGUUUAACAAAGGAGGGUGGUGAGCAAGUAAAACUUUGUUUUCCAUCAUGUUUUACCUUUAAAAUUAACAAAACUUUAAAAUAAUUAGACUGAAGAGACACCACCCUCCAAUGUAGAGAAAAGUCUGAGGAGACUGUGUACAUACUUACUGAGAUUUACAGAAUAGCCGUUUACAAAGUGCAGUGUACUUCAGCAGAUGUCUGUUUGUGGAAAUGGAAAAAGGGUACUUGAAGACUGUAGUGAUUUAUUGUCGCCUAUUCAUAUUACUUAUGAAACACGCAUUAAGACAAAAUAUAUGUACAUGAGAUUUUCUAAACUUUAUGUGGUGGUCUGUCUGGCCACCGCUCUUCUGUUUGAAAACUUAUUUAUUCUGUAUUUGUCACAGAGGGCAAAGGGUCCUCUGAACAUUUGCCUCUUUUCUGAUAAUUGUAUGCAGACCUGGGAUAAUGUGAAACACUGAAAGAGUCCACGCCCUCCUCCCUGUGGUCAUUUCACACCUCUUACUGUGCAUCCAUCAUGAGUGUUACUUGUAACUCAAAGGAGAAAGGAAGGAGCUCAGUGUAGAGCAGACGAGUUCAGAAAAAAUGAAAGAACUCUGUAAGAUCUCGGCGUCACUGCGGAAAAGCAGCUGACGUCUUGCGGGUCGUUUUUUGUAUCCCAGGUCUGGUGAUGUUCUGGUGGCUUUGGACAACAGUGAGUUGCCUUUAAAGGUAGACUUAGUUAUCUGAGAUCGCCACUCCCAAACAAACAGGGAUUACUGAUGAUGGUCUGCAGAACACCUUCAACACCGUGACGCAAGACAAACUUUUGUGGAACGCUGAUUUGCUGUGGACAGAAAAAAUAGUUUUAGUUAUUUAAAUUAAAGGUGAGCACGUAAACAAAUAUAGUUAAUUAUAAUAAUGAAAAAAAACUGAACUUUGAUAUAAUUUUCUGGUUCUUUCUUCAGUUUAUUUCAAGCUGUUAUGAUGAGUUAAAUUAAAUUAUUUCUUUCUGUUACUGCCCCAAAAAACUUCACUGUGUGCCAUUUGCUCGUCGAGGGGCUCCGUGUCAAAGUAACACCUUUACCUUUAGAUUCUGCUCACCUGAUGCAUUUUGCAAUAAAGACAUGUUUCAUUAAAUCAUAAGCAUUGAACAUGAUUGACUAAAGCAUCAUAACAGCUUCAGAUAAACUGUGAUCAAAAAGUGAAACUCAAACUGUGGCCGUCAGUCGCUCUAGUCAAGUUUUUAAACGCCACCAAUUUAACUACGUAGCAUAUUUACAUAUUUAGAAGACACAUAAACCAGAAAAGAUAAUCUGAGCAAGUAAACAAAGUAUGGUGGGCGAAACACUUGGUGUGUGGACCAAAAGUGUUUUGUUUAAUUGAUUCAGGUUGUUGCCUUGGUGAGCAAAAUCCAAGACCAUGAAUGGUGUGAAAAAUAAAGUGUCCACGGGUUUCACGUUUGCCGAUCACUCUAAAAGAACCGGUUUCUUUGAAAUCACAUUUCACAUCUUUCGGUCCAUCACGUUGCGUUGAGUUUGGAGUGUGGCUUCGCGUGGCUAAGUCUUCCUUUAACUUGCCUGUUGUUGCCUUUAGUUUCUAACGUUGUCUUUUCUUAAAAAAUAAAAUGAAAUAAAAAAUGACGUAGAUGACUAAAAACAUAUCAAAGGUAGUCUGGGCAGACUUUUUGAAAUAACGAGAUAUACUGAAGUUCUUUGGAUAAUAUCACAACUACUACUACUACUACUACUUGUAGGGAUUUUAUCAGAUAUAGCUUUAAGAGAGAUUCAAUUCAGUUUUUCUUAUAAAGAAAAGUUUUCUGUAAAUAUGAUUUUUGUUUGGUUUUUGGGUUUUUUGACUAAAUGGGUUGAUUAUAAAAUCAAAAUGAAAAAAAUCUGACCGUGGCACACUUCUUUACAUGAAAAAACGAUGCACCGUUUUUGUUUUAUAGCGUCAUCACGUAGUCCUUUUCCAGUCGGAUAUCAAAUAUCAGCUCGUGUAAAUAGAAAAAUGAACAAAAGCUUUUUGUAAAAGUUUUUUUAUUUCUUUCUCUUAUUUAAGAUGAACGUCUUCAUCAUUUGCACAUCAUGUUUUACCAUUUUUAUGACGAUGCUUAUAUCGCAUAGGCAUGUUUACGUUAAUGACUUGAAGAUUAUUUAAAAUGCUAACAUGACUGGAACACAUUUUUAUUUUUCUGUUUUGUUUGGUUUUACUGUCCCACACCAAUUAUAUCCCAAUAACACCAUGUUCUGUUAACAAUGAAAUGUCAAUAAAAGUGAAAACUUGUGUUUUCAUUGAGUUCA